AUGACCAAAUACGUGUAUGGGUUGAAAGAACGAAUACUCACAGACGAAUCAUAUCUUCACAAAAUUUAUGACUUUGCUUUUUCGUUCUCUCUGGAAGAAAAGCAAAAGAAAUUACCCCGUGAAUUGGCCGUCUCGUAUUGGAGACUGCUACUCAGUGAUAGAUUUGGAGGAGAAGUUUUGGAGAAAUGGUGUAAAUUUAUAACGGACUCGUGGGAUUCGGACAUUCACAAGGACCAAUGGCUGAUGGCUUUUCCCUUUUUGAAGGAGUACAACGAUAAUCCAAAGUUUGAGGGUUAUGAUGAAACGGCUGCGUGGCCGUUGCUAAUGGAUUCGUUUGUGGAGAACGAAACUGGGGCAUAA